AAAACGUUUUUCUCAAGAAUUACUGAAUUGGAUUGUGAUAAUUCAGAAAAAUAUGAUCAGGAAUUGGUUACAGCAACUUACAAAAAUAUUUCAAAAAUUUGUAGGAAUAUUCAAAAAAUCAAUGUGGAUAGAUUUGAUAGAGAUAAUGAAGGAUUGGCUUAUCUUAUCAGUAAUCAAAAGAAUUUAAAAGAAUUUCACAUGGUGAUGAGUGAGAGAGUUAUUUAUACCAAUAUUGUUAAGGAAAUAAGAUCACAGUCAAAUUCUUUGACUCAUUUAUCUUUUAAAGGAGAAGUGAAAUUACCAAAAGAUACAUUCGAAUCUUUGAUUCAUUUAAAGUCACUUAGCUUGAAAUUAAAUCAUGAAUGCGGAAUAAGGCAUCACAAGGAAGAAAAUGAAGUUUUAUCUUCAACAAAUAUUUUACGUGCUUUGAGUGAUUCUUUUCUACCAAAUCUUGAAAAUUUUUAUCUCAAAUAUAAUAAUGAUGUUUCAGUUCCUUGGCUUCAACCUUUACACAUUUUUCAAAAAUUAAUUUCAACUACAAGAAAUAAUUCAUUGAGAAAAAUCGAUAUUGAUUCAAAAUUCUCAAUUUAUCCUGAUACUCAUAUUCAUUCAUAUAUUCAAACUAUCUCAACAUUUUGUCCUUUAAUAGAAUUUCUUGGAAUUUGUUAUAAAGAUACUAUAUACGAAGAUUUUGAACAAUUAUUACUAAAUUGUGAUAGAUUAAAAAUAUUAAAAUUGGAAUUUAUUAAAGAACCUUUAAUUCAAAUUGAAUAUGAUGAUGGUGAGGGGAAUAGAAGAAAAUAUACUAAAAUAAUGGAAUUAUUGGCUGAUCAAUCCCCUGAUCCUCUUUUUAAAUUAUACUUAAAAAAUCCUUUAUUUAUUACUAAAUAUAAUCUUUGGGAUUUUUUGGAUAUGUGGAAAAAUAAUGAAAGGAUUCCUUUACAUUUGGAAUUAGUUGGUAUGAUUGAAGUAAAGGAAGAUUAUGAUGAAGUUUUUGAAAAUUUUGUUAGAAAGAACAUUUUAUCAAAGUAUUCAGCUAUUAAAGGGAAAUCUUUUGAAAACAUUUGA